CCAAGGUUUAUUUCAGAAGGAUGGCAAAAGCUAGGCGUGCUGCUGGUUUUGUUGUUUACAGAAACUUUGAGAAUUCUGUUCAGUUCUUAUUGAUGCAGGCUAGUAAUCAGAACCACCAUUGGACACCACCGAAAGGUCAUGUUGAUGCUGGAGAGGAUGACCUUACAACAGCCUUCAGAGAGACUUUAGAGGAAUCUGGGAUAUCUAAGGAUCAGCUUUUUGUUCAUAGAGAAUUAAAGGAUGAACUUCACUACAAGGGCCUUUCUGUAAAUUCUGUUGCAGACAGGAUUGCUGAGCACUUUGCUGGUAUCUCCCAAGAAUAUGAUCCUAUAUCUGCACCAGACCAACUCCCAUCCUUCCUACCUGCCCAGCCGCCUCCAGUACUCCAUGAUUACCAGGCAUGGGGAGCAGAUAAGGUUGUAGUGUACUGGCCGGCUAAGCUACUAAAUCCACAGACUACUGUUACAAUAUCACAUGAACAUCAAGAUUUUAAGUGGCUGGAGGUGGAGGAUGCUUGUAGAACUGCAGGGUUCCCGGAUUUACAGAAAACAAUCAGAAAAUUUCAUGAAUUCAUCUCAAACAUGAAAUCUGAGGGAAAAUAAGAAAGAACUUCAGGAGUACAUCAAUCAAGCAGACAUACGCUUUAAACUUUAUUUUAAUAUGGCAGAUGACAUUUAAAAAUGUUAUACAUUGGAAUUUUUAAUUGUGAUUAAGCUGGUGAAUUAUGUUGAUCAUGUAAAUUUAUCUCAACAGAUCUUGAACAUUGAAUUCUCAUCAAGUCAGCGUUAUUUUUGUUUUGUUAUCUAAAUUCUUCUAUAAACACACAUUUCGUUUUUCCAUUAAACAAAUGUCAACAUUA